ACGGGAGUCCCAGUUUUCCCCAGUCGACCUCCACUAAGUCGGGUUAAAGUGCGCGGGGGGGGCGCAGUGGACUUGGGGCCUCUCGGGGCUAAAGAUCUGGAGUCGGGGAGUUUCCUGCGAAAUCAGCGGAGCUGGAGUUCGUUGAGAUCACCAUCAUCGUGGUGGUGGUGAUGGUCAUGGUGGUGGUGAUCACCUGUCUGCUGAGCCACUACAAGCUGUCCGCCCGCUCCUUCAUCAGCCGGCACAGCCAGGCCAGGAGGAGGGAAGACGCGCUGUCCUCGGAAGGAUGCCUCUGGCCCUCGGAGAGUACGGUGUCGGGCAAUGGAAUCCCGGAGCCGCAGGUCUACGCCCCGCCCCGGCCCGCCGACCGCCUGGCUGUGCCCUCCUUCGCCCAGCGGGACCGCUUCCACCGCUUCCAGCCCACCUACCCGUACCUGCAGCACGAGAUCGACCUGCCUCCCACCAUCUCGCUGUCGGACGGGGAGGAGCCCCCGCCCUACCAGGGCCCCUGCACCCUCCAGCUGCGGGACCCCGAGCAGCAGCUGGAGCUGAACCGGGAGUCCGUGCGCGCGCCCCCAAACAGAACCAUCUUCGACAGCGACCUGAUGGACAGCGCCGUGCUGGGUGGCCCCUGCCCCCCCAGCAGUAACUCGGGCAUCAGUGCCACGUGCUACGGGGGUGGCGGGCGCAUGGAGGGGCCGCCCCCCACCUACAGCGAGGUCAUCGGGCACUACCCUGGGGCCUCCACCUUCCAGCACCAGCAGAGCGGCGGGACCUCCUUGCUGGAGGGCCCCCGGCUGCACCACUCACACAUCGCCCCCCUGGAGAGUACAGCGGCCUGGAGCAAGGAGAAGGAUAAGCAGAAGGGACACCCCCUCUAGGAAUUCCUGGUGGCCGGGGCUGGGGCAGCAGCAGGUUCAAAAACAAAAACAAGAACAAAAACACUCCGCACUUCUCGAAAGAGAAGAGAGGAGAACGGGGCGACACAGAAAAUGCGACGCGUAACCAUCCUCUCCCCACCUCUCUGUGUAUAAAUAUUUACAUGUUCUGUCUGGUCUGAAUGCACAAGCUAAGAAAGCUUGCAAAACAAAAAACAAAACAACACACACACACACACACACAAAAACACGUUUCUUUGUUGAGCUGUGUCUUGAAGGCAAAAGAGAAAAAAAAAUUCUACACUAGUCUUUUCUGUUUCUAGUUGAGCUGCGUGCGUGGAUGCUUUCUUUUGUUUGUUUAUGAUGAUUUCACUUAACUUUAAAGACAUAUUUGCACAAAACCUUUGUUUAAAGAUCUGCAAUAUUAUAUAUAUAAAUAUAUAUAAAAUAAGAGAAACUGUAUGUGCGAGGGCAGGAGUAUUUUUGUAUUAGAAGAGGCCUAUUACAAAAAAAAAGUUGUUUUCUGAACUAGAAGAGAAAAAAAAUGGCAAUUUUGAGUGCCAACUCAGAAAGUGUGUAUUACCUUGUAAAGAAAAAAGAAACUACAAAGCAGGGGUCUAGAGCUAUUUAUAUAAAUGUCGAGCUUUUGCACUAUUUUUUAAUAUAAAUAUGUCAGUGCUUGUUUGAUGGAAACUCCUAUCACGUCUGUUGAGACUUUUAAGGGAGAUGCGGAAUCUCACGGUGGACGUCAGGCAGAGGGUGGGCCCCGCGCUGAGCCUGGAGAGAGGCUUCGGGGGGGCUGGCUUCCUGCAGAGCGGCAGCUUCUGUCUAGCGCCAGGUCGGUACCUCAUCCUACAUUCCCGCCCGAGGGAGACACGUCCCCUCCUCUGGGCCAGGCAGCCUUUGAAUCGCAAACAGCAGAGGAAGAUCACUCGAGGCACCGAGUUCCAGGCGGUGGGUUUUGCUUUUCCCGAAAUGAAGACAAACUGUUACUGAAGGAAUCUCAGUUUUUUCCUCUCUCUCUCUCUCUCUUUUUUUUAACCAUGAAGGUCCCCGUAGGAAGGGGCUGAUUAAGGUGCUCCUCGCCCCCCGCCCGUGUGGCCAGGGCCGCUCCGUCAGGCGGCUUGUGUGCGCGGACGCAGCGGGUGCCGCCGGCUGGCCGACAGGAAGGGCCCGGAGGACUAGGAACGCGACCUGUCCCUGCCUUUCUCUUUCUGUCUCAGCUCUCACCUAACAGGCGCGUAACCGGAAGACCAGAGGUGAAAGGGUGACACGCCCAGGUUUUUCCUAGGACAUUGCGGAAGGGUUAAAACGAGAAAAACAGUCCCAUCAACGCGAACUCGAGCUUUAGGAUGUAGAAGCAGAAUUCUCUGUCUCCUCCUCUUCCGCGUUUUCAUUCCCUCCCCUGUGGAAACCAUCCUGUUUGACGUGUUUCCAAUCUGUGUUUUCACUAAGCAUUUUUCUCAGACAGGACUCUUGUUUUCCAGGAUUCUACCGAGUAGAUUUCAGCGGGACCCCCUUGCUGGUGGUGUGCGGGCGGGCACACGUGCGAGCUAACACAGAUGGCAGGGAGAGAGUGGAGUGGGGGUCCCUCGGGAUCUGCCAGGCACGGUGGCUGGAGCCCCUCUGAGGACGGGCUAGUAUUCCAUGGGGGUGACGCUCCCACCAGAAGAGCAGCCCCCCCUCCGCCAUCCUCCAUUCCGUGGAGGUGUCUUCUCGCCGUUGGCAGAAUGCUAACUGGCAGGUUAACUCAAGAGAAAGGUAUGAGGCAAUAACUUGUUUUUAAGCAACUUUUUUAUGACUUGAAAAACAAAACCUCGAGAACAGUUUUGACGUUCUGACCAUUUGAACUCUAUUUCUAUAUAUAUAUACCUUUUAAGAACAUGGUGGCCAAUCUGACCAAGGCCUCUGAGUGUCCACUCACCAGCCUGGCAGAAGGUUCUGGUACCUUGACGAUAAAACCUGCCUGUCCGUGGGGUCUUCAGCCUAACCUUUGCUUCUCUCCCUCGAAGAUGCUUUUAAAAGGUCUUGCAGAGAAAUCCAUAGAGUCUGUCCUGAAAGGUACAGGGACACAUUUGUAGAUAAAAUUUUUAAACGUAGCUUUCCUUUACAUGAAGCGUCUCCCUAGUGCCUUACUGAGGAAGCAGUGGACCCCUCUUGUUCCCAGGCGGCGGCGUUCCUGGACAGUGCCCCGCUCACCUGGGCCUGGCCUUCCCGCUCGUGGUGGGCAGAGGGCUGCUGCUGCUUUAAAAACACCCCCAUCACCCUCACAUUGUGUCCCGCCUGCCCCCCUUCCACCUUGGAUGUGCCUCUCUUGGUCAGGCCACCCCUCCUGCCCCUCCAGCCUCUUGUCAGGAGCUUGUUCAAAUCCCAUCUGGGUUGGAAACCUGGACGUGGACCUUGUUUGCGUGAGCAGCGUCAGCCGAAAGCCAGGCUGAAGUGUCCCCGGGGUCCUCUUGAGCUAAACCUUGAAUCUUGUUGCUUGGCGGUGUGGUCUGCAUUUGCCAUAUUGGCAGCAAGUUAGAAGGAGGUGGGGGGUGGAGAGUUACUGACCUCAGCUGGCUUGAGGCCAUAGCAGCCCCCCAUGACACCCCAGGAUCGCAGUCCAGGCCUCAGUGCUGCAUUGUCCCCGGGCUUUGUGCCCGGCGGGUGACGAUUGCAAAUGUUCGUGGCGGAGUGACUUGUCAAAGCCAGGGUGCCUCCCAAGAAAACUAGUGGGGUGUUUCUGCAAAGUUCUUGGUUUCUCUGCUGGACCCAGAACCCCGAGGGUUGUUGUGCCAGUAUCUUUGAAGAGCCUUUGAGCACCUCUGGGGAGGCCCCCUCCGUCCAGUAGAAAGUUGGGGGUGUCCUCGGCAGUGGCUGGUUGGAGGGGGACCAGGCUGGGCUCAGAGAAGGUGGCAGACCUCGGCUUUUCUCUGCUCCUCUCGCUGUUUCCUUGCUUGUCAGUCAUCCCUUUUCCUCCAGAUGAAAACCACUUCCCCCACAAGGCCCAGGUCUACGCAGACGUCCACGCUCCAGUGUCUUUGCCAGGAGCUGAAAGCGGCUCCCCUCCCCACACCCAGCGACGUCCGGGGCAGGGCGAGGACUGAACCCACUCCCCGCCCGUGUCUGUCUGCGCUGUGAAUUGCACGACUCGGAGAAUGUAUGUUUCUCCCUAUGUGCUGCACCAAGCUUCCCGAUCUGCAAAGCAACACAUCCCGAUAAGGAAGGAAAAGGUUCCGUUCGGUUGGGUUUUCCGGAAACUGCGCUUCGAACUUUGCUGUACCAUAGAGCUCGGGAGGACCCGCUGCGCUCUCGUUCGCCUGCCUGACUCCCUGAUGGUUGUGCUGAUGGCGACGCUUCCACGUGGCUCCCUUGGUGUUGGGACUGCUCUCCGCAGCCCUGUUCCCCAAGUUCUGUUCAAGUUACACGUAUGUAAACUCUCUGUGGCACGCUGGGCGCGGCGCCCACGCUGCUGCUGCGUAGGACUCUGUGUUUGAAUGCCAAUCCACAGGCCUGAUGAAACCGCUUGUUGUGUAUCAAUAAUCAUUAGUGGCAAUGAUGACAUUCUGAAAAGCUGCAAUACUUAUACAAUAAAUUUUACAAUUCUUUGGAA